CCGGAGAGCUGCAUGCUGAUCCUGCUGGGUCUGGUUCUGGGCGGUGUCGUCCUCAUAGCCAAUAAGAAGCAGCUGUAUCAGCUGGAGCCCGCCCUCUUCUUCCUGUUCCUGCUGCCGACCAUCGUGGGCGAUGCCGGCUACUUCAUGCCGGCCCGCCUCUUCUUCGACAACCUGGGCGCCAUCCUGACAUACGCCGUGGUGGGGACGCUGUGGAACGCCUUCUGCACCGGCUUCAGCCUGUACGCCGCCAAACUGCUGGGGGUCAUAGGUCAGUGUGAGGCAGACCUGAUGGACUUCCUGUUGUUCGGAGCGUUGAUCUCGGCCGUGGAUCCGGUGGCAGUGCUCGCCGUGUUCGAGGAGGUUCACGUCAACGACACGCUCUUCAUCAUCGUGUUUGGAGAGUCGCUGGUUAAUGACGCCGUCACUGUGGUUCUGUAUAAAGUCUACAUCUCCUUCGUGGAGGUCGGAGCGGAGAACGUGCAGACUGCAGAUUACUUUAAAGGAGUCG